CAGUUCUGUUAUAGUAGGCCACGAGGUAGCAGCUCUGGUGUUCCUGCAGGUGUAGCACGACGGACUCGAGACUAACUCUCUCUUAGUUACCGCUGGCGCGCCAGGCCUCUCGUUUUGCUGGAGUGCGCCGCUCCGUGGAAAUCGAGCAAUCGAGAUCGCCUCGAAAGCGAUCCGAGGACAAUGAAAACGCGAAUUCCGCGGAGAAUCGCGUGAAAUUCGUCGGCGAAGCCAUUAAACUUCUCGGCAAAUUUCGAAUUCUACGCGUCGACACGUAGCCCCUAUCGUCAGAGCGGAUAGUACUCGCGAUACUUCGUGGGCCUCGACAUGGUGCAACGUCGUUCUCACAGCAACGUGCACGAAUCGAUAAUGUGAUCGUCCAGCGGACGCGCGGUUCGGAUCAUCGCGAUCGACGAGUUUCGUGGACGCGUAGGACUCCUUCGAGGCAGCGUGCUCUUGCGAUCGUCGAUCGUCCCCGAGCGCCUCCCGAGCCUUUAGAAGGAGAAAGCAGCGAGAAGUUGAAGAGUUCAGCCAACUGAGAAACCGUAUCCCUGCGACGCACACCUCAGAAUUCGGCCUCGUUUCCAAUGUUUGACGCGAGAUUCAUUUUUUUAUUCUCUGCCCACACCGAUCGCCGCGAGUCGCGAGCGGCUCGUUGAUCCGUGACGAUCGCGUGCGAGCACGAUACGUUUCCAAGCGAGACUUCGCCAACCAGAGGAUAACCGGGGAACGCGAGAUCCAACCCCCCCCCCCGAAGGACGAGGAGGAGAGAUCGACGGAACGAUAGAAUCGACUCGUUUCGAUCGAUCGUCCCUUCUUUUUAACCUCGCGGUUCGUUCGUCGCCGGGAGAAUGAAAGCACGCUGACCUUUGAACGCUUCGAAGGAUGGAAUUUUGAGAAGAGGAACUCGUGUUAUUCGGCUGAUCCACGAACCGUGAAAUGAUUGGCAAACUUCUCUUGAGCUUUUGGAUACUCGGAUGGAUCAGCCUCUACGGAGAUCCCGCGGUGGGGCAAGAGCUGCCGACUCUCCUCGACGAGUCCGCGGACGAAAAAAACGACGCGGAAAUCUUUCGAGCGGUGGUCGAAUCGAUGAAACAGUGGACGUUGCACAAGAAGUUGCAUCACAGGGCAAAAAGAGAGGUUUCGAAGGUUUGCUACGAGGAUGUCGGCUGCUUCGAGGACACCGGACCCUUCAGCUACUUGGAAAUGCUCCCAUCUCCCCCCAAAGACGUUGGAACCAGAUUUUUAGUGUACGGCAGCAGGAAGGCGAGAUCGAUCCCCAUGGAAGUUCCUGCAGACGACAUAAACGAUAACGCGCACCGUGCCAUAGAUCCCGAUCUACCGACAAAAGUUAUCGUACACGGAUUCGGGUCCAGUUGCGACCACGUAUGGGUUUACGAGAUGAGGUCCGCGCUUAUGACGGUGCACGAAUGCAACAUAGUCUGCGUCGACUGGGGCCCAGGAAGCGCAGUUCCAAACUACGUGAGAGCAGCUGCCAAUACUCGAUUGGUCGGACGACAGCUAGCAAAGCUAAUUAGAAGCAUGAACGUACCUCUGGAGAAGGUCCACUUGAUUGGUUUCAGCCUCGGUGCCCACGUGGCUGGAUUUGCUGGCGCCGAACUAGCCAACGUCUCGAGGAUCACAGGACUGGACCCUGCAGGACCGCUGUUCGAGUCCCAGGACCCGAGAGCCCGACUCGACGAGACCGACGCUAAUUUCGUGGACGUGAUCCAUAGCAACGGGGAACAAUUGUUGCUCGGUGGUCUGGGUUCCUGGCAACCCAUGGGCGACGUGGAUUUCUAUCCUAACGGCGGCAGGAUGCAAACCGGCUGCUCCAAUCUCUUUCUAGGCGCAGUUUCCGACAUCAUCUGGUCAAGCGCCGUGGAGGGCAGAUCCUUGUGCAAUCACCGUCGAGCUUACAAGCUCUUCACCGACUCUGUCAGUCCAAAAUGUCGGUUUCCUGCGUUCCCCUGCGAGCGUGGCUACGACGGUUUGCUUCGAGGCGAAUGCUUCCCCUGCGGAUCCAAAGGAACGGGCCGACCUUGCGGCGACAUGGGCUACUACAGCGACGAGUCACAGGCCAGAGGUCAGCUCUACUUGCUGACCAGAGACGAGGAACCCUUCUGCGCCCAUCAGUACCAAGUCAAGGUCUACAACAGCCACAGCGAGAGGCCCACCAGGAGCUACGGUAAACUACAGGUGACUCUGGUUGGAGAGGGUUCCUUCAACGACUCCUUCGCCAUGACGCGCAAGGACGAGGAACUGUUGGUGGGAUCGGUUCUCCAGAAGAUCAUCGUCCCCCAUCCCGCGAUCUCCAGUUUGGACGCGAUCGAAAUCAAAUACACCGCGUACAGCGGUUGGAUCUCCUCGGGUUUAGUGUCCUGGAGCAUCGACAAAGUGGCCAUCACCGACAGCUUCGGGAAGAGCCUGUCCGUGUGCAGGAAAGGCUUGACUUUAGAGUCCGGUAAACCCGUGUAUCUGCCUCUCUUCCCCGGCGAGUGCAACGUGCCCACGGACUCGAGCAACGCGACGACUCCGGUGGCGAUGGAUCGCCUGGUCCAAGAGAAGCAGGGCGGCAUCGGGCCGUUCACCAAAGAGCACAACUACGAACCGAAAGAGACAUUCGCCGUAGACGCGUUCCCAAAUGACAGAGCGUCCUCCUCGUCCACGGUGAAAGGCUUGGGACCGUUCACGAAGGAGCAGAACCUGAGGAUCGCCGAACGGAAGGAGAGUUUCAAGCCCACCGGGUUCGAGGAGUCGACUCGUCGCAGUACCUCGAAUCCCUGGAACAUCCUCGACAUAUCUGCCGACGGGGACUCCAAUUCCUUGGAGAAUGCAGACUCCGAGCGAGGCAGAGGCUUCUCAGGGACCAAUUUCUUCCCCAAGACGCAGUCCCCCGAUCCUUCGGCGGAAGCAACCACAGAGUUUGCGGCGGAGAUCCGCGAACCAGUUUUGCAACUGGGCAAAAAGGAGACUGGAAGGUCUCUGAAGCUCCCGGAGAUCACCGAACCGAUUCUCGCGCCGCGCUCCGCCAGGCAGAACACCAGGAACGAGGUUCACGGCCGCGAGAAGCUGAAGGACGAGAUACAGGAAACGUCGUCGACCACCAGGUCCUUCACCGUCCAGUUCCUCCCGGAGAGGCUGGCGGGGAUCCUCGCGCAAGCCGAGAGAUACGCCAGGCAGACCCUUCUUCCCUUAAUUUCUCAGUACACCCCUAGUUUCGUCACUGGUUCGCGGUUCGAGGAGCCCAAGUACUUCCCACCGUUGGGAGAAAUCUCCGCGGAGGACGAUCACGACGAGGAGCCCGAUAGCACUGAGAAUCCUUUCGACGACGAGUCGGAGGAAGUGCCUGCUAUCGUCCAAGCGGUCUACCCGGGGAAAACGGGAGCCAAUUCGACGGAUUCCGAGUCUCAGAAGAUAGAAACCGACGAAUGGAUCCCCAUAGAACCCGCCACGACCUUCAACAACGUCGUCACCAGGAGGAACUUCAACGUGUCCAGGUCCCUCGGCUGGGAGAACGCGAGUUACAACUGGUCCACGCAGAAGCUGGAUAACAGCAGCUUCAGACCGGAAAUUGAGGACUGGGUGCCUCUCGCGAAGGACAACACCUCCAGCGAAGCUAGUACCAGUGCUCAGGAGGAAUUUGGAAUGGCACAGAGUUCGGAGAGCGGUGUAGAGGAUUCGGUUGUUUUAAGUAAGGAAGACAAGAAGUAUAUACCUCUGGUCAACGCGGAGCUGAGAGAAUCGUCGACGACGAGUCCUGAAGACAAUGUGGAAGCUCGUCCAAACGAGUCGACGCACUCGAAUAUACAGAGAAUCCCGAGACCGACGGAAACCGAGACUGUGAGCUCUACGAGGAGGAGCAUGGUGUUCCCGUACGCGUACGAGAGGAAGAAAGAUCCUAGAACUAGAUAUAUACCUCUGAUACCGGAAGAGGACUUGGGAAGAUCACGUUUCUCCAUCGACAGGGAACGCUGAGGACGAGGAAAUUUGGAAGAAUUCGUGGAAUUGUUCGAAGAUAUUUAUUGUGAUCGAAAGUUUCUAUCGUUUAAUAAUUGUCGGAAAUAACCAUCGUUGCUCCCGGUUGGUCCGAUCGGAUUCUAAUGAUUAUAGUAAUGAUAAUAAUAACGUCAUUAUUAUUAUCAGUGUGUGAUUAUUAUUGUUAUUAUUAUCAGUAUUAUAUUGUUGUUAUUAUCAGUAUGCAGGAUAUUGGUAAUAAGAGUGACGUUUUCGUUCGAGGUAGAAUACGAUCGGCCAUAUUGGACGACUGAGGUUACUAGAAGGCAAUUACUUUGUUUUAAUUCUACCGUUCAUCGUCAAAAAGUUAUUUAAAAAAUUGUUAUUUCGAUUGAUUGUUACAUUUUCUUGGAAUUGUAUUAGUUAUACCAACCUUUGUUGCCCGAUGACGAUUCCGAACAUCGGUUGCCGAGAAAGGCUGUAAAGAUGUGUAUUUUUUUGGUAAAAAUUGGCGCCUUAACUUUAU